UCCUUCCCAUUGAAUAGCCUCUGCUCCAGGACUACAACCUGUUUUAGAUUCACGACCUAUUUUAGUGCCUUCAAUCCAUUUCAUCCUUCAUGACAUUUCAAUGAUCUGGUUUACUGUACAGUUAGCAUAUAGCUUGAAAUCGAUAUCGCAAUAAUUGCGCAGUUAUAGACACAGAGAGACAACAAAGAUUCCUGCUGGUGGCAAUUGUCCUGAAAAUCAAAACGUUGCAGAGGUUGGGAAAUUAAAAAAUAAAACAGAGAACGCUGGCAGCACUCAGGUUUAGUGGAAAGGAAACCACUUAGCUGGACAGCCAGCUUUAGUGGAAAGUGAAUAUAGUUAAUGUUUGAGGGUCGGGGCCCUUCAUCAGAAGAUGUUGACCAAGAUCUUUGAUGCUGACCCACCAUCAGAAGACCAGCGUUCCGUCCUCUCAUUCCCUGGACCAGGGUGGAAGCAGAUUGACCCGCUCGUUUGCCACAAUGCUGCUUGUUGUGUUGGGUAUAUUGGCAGGCAGCUGGGAUUUUUACACACAGUGUGACUACGGCAAAUAGACAAUUAUCAGAAUCAAAAUCAGUACCUCACGUACAAAUCUAUACAAAACAUAAAUUGUUUUGUGAACUUUGGCAAAGCAGAGAUCAGGCGGCUCUCCGGGCAGCGCUCGGGUGGUGACCUCGCGCGAGGACCCGGCGGCAGCGUGUUGAUGGAGCAGAGGCCGAGCAUGGUUCUGUCUCCGGCUCCGGCACCGGCACCGGCACCGGCACCGUCUCCGGCGACAGCACCGGCUACAGCACCGGCUCGCACAAAGCUCACGCACUCCGGGGGAGUUCUGCAAAAAAACCGAGAGUUCCUCGACUUCUUCUGGGACAUCGCCAAGCCCGAGCAGGAAAUACGUCUCAUGGCGAUCAGCGGGCUGCUCGAGUACCUGAGGAGCAGCGAGGGUGACGACCUUGAAUAUACUAUCCAACGACUUAUUGAGGGCCUGGCAGCAACUCGUGAAACAGCUCGUCCUGGCUUCAGUUUGGCCCUGGCACAGGUCCUGCAAUGCAAAGAGACGAUCCUUCUGCGGACUAUCCUGGAGCAGAUCAAAAAGAAACAUAAUAUAAACUUAACCAAGAAGAAAUUCAUCAGAAAUGCUGUGUUUGGAAACUUCUUUGGUGUCCUGGCACUUUCACAAUCUGGAAGACUAAUAAAGGAGCCAGACAUUCUUUUGGAGUCAAUCCAACUUCUGCAAAGCCUUAGUAAAUAUAGGCAAUACCUCCGGGAUCUGCCAGCAAAAACUAUUAUGGACAUCCUAUCAGAGACCCCAGAGAAUGUCUUUAAGAAGAUCUUGUUUGGAGCCUUACAGGAGGACAUGUCCUCUGCUUUCAGCACCCCAGCACAGCUACAUUUGCUCCUGGUGGCUCUCCAACGCUUCCCAAAAGUUCUGAAACCUAAGAAUCUGAAAAAGUUGCUUGGAUCCUCUGCCAUUUUGUCAUCGGAAAAUGUUGCCAAGUUAAUUGAGUUGCUGAAAGUUGCUGCUAGGUCUGUGAAGAAAGAUCAAACUCUUCCGCCGCUUGCUCUGGACCUGGUGCGUGUUACCUUACAGGAGGGUACAUUUGAAAUGUUCUGGAAGGACGUGGUGGAGAAUGGCUUGCUCAAAGAGCCCUCUGGGCCCACCAGCUACUUUUGUUUCCGGUUACUUGGUGCCUCGUUGCCGUUGCUAAGUCUGUCGCAGCUCAACCUUGUUCUCACAGGAGAAGUGAUGAGGCACUAUGGGGACCAUGUGGUUAUAGCUCAGCUCCCAAAAAGGUUCAGAUUUGGAUCUGAAAUGACAAACUUGGUUGAUUCAUUCCUUGAAAGCACCCAGGAUGAGGCAAAACAAUUCAUGGUGAUAAAAGGUUUUUCGAGCCUCACUAACUAUGGUCACCCCGUAAUUCCCAGCUACUGGAAAGUAGUCUGUCGUUUGCAGUCCUCAGUUUUGGUGAAAUACGUCGAUUGGUUGAAAAACAUGUUCACCAGCCCAGAUUUCGACAUUUGCACAGAAUUCAUUACCAAGCGGCAGAAAGAGAACAAGCAGGCAAUUGACAGAACUCAGCACUCAGUGAUACGACUGAGGUCAUGGAUUGUCGCCCGUCUGAUCUCGAUUGUGGACAAUUGGCAAGCGAAGAAAGAGGAGGAUCUGGUGAUGGAUAUUGCCAGGUUUAUUUUCUUCCAUGCUUUCUUCGGAGCUAAACGUUAUACAUCUGAUAUUCCCGAGACUGAAGUCACGCUGACCAUUCCUCUGGAUGAAAAGACACGGGAUAUGAUGGAAAGCUCCUUCUUUUGUCUAUUGAACCACCUGAAUUCCCUGCCUCCAUUGGGCGACUCUGCAGAAUUGGGGGACAAGAAUCAGAAGCGUGUGUUCGGUGUUACAGCGGAUGGGAAUCUGUGGAUCUACUGUUUGGUUCAAUAUGCAAGUGUCCUGUUGUCACAGGAAAGGUCUGUCCAAGCUGUUAAACCCUUCACGCAAAUCCAGAGAAAAGCCUGGGAUCGAAUGCUUCAGUCUGUAGAAGAUCUGCAAAAAAAAUCAAAAACUGCUCAGAAACAAGAGGCCUCUGCUUUCCAGCUGCUCUUCCUGCUUGUUGGCAUACAGCUCUUCAAGGUUGGAGAGGAUUCUCUGGCACUAUUAAGUGACCUGCACAAGUGUGUGGAGGAAUGGGAGCAGAAGAAAAUCAAAAAGCAUUCAACGCACGUAACAAGAAAGGAAGAACCAGAUUGGGUUGAAGUGAUGGUCGAAAUCUUGCUCUCCUUUCUCUCUCAACCAAAUCGUUUGAUGCGGCAAGUCUCAAACAUGAUGUUUACGCGAAUCUGUCCCCACGUGACAAAGGAAGCACUGCAACUCAUCCUAGAUGUUUUUAACCCAGAAUCUGAAGAAGGUGAAGAGAGUGCCUUGAUAGUAACUGAAGACUUUGAGAAAUCGCAAACGAAAGCCGACUGGUCGAAUGACGAUGAGAUGGAGGACGAGAGCGACAGUGAUGAGUCGGAGGAGGAGGAAGACAACAAUGACAAUGAUGAUGGUGCUGAUGACAGUGAUGAGGACAAAAGUGAAGAGGAUGCUGAGGAGGAGAGGGAGGAGCCUGUAGAUGAGAAUUUCCGCAUGGAAUUGAUGAAAGUCCUGCAGACAACCAACGCUAUCUCGAAGGAGGGUGAGAGCAGCAGUGACGAAGAAGCAGAUGAUGAAACAAUGAUGGCAUUGGACAAGAAUAUUGCUGCCCUGUUCUCUGAACGCAAGAAACGACUUCAGGCCGCAAAAGACAAGAAGGAAAAAAUGAUGAAAGAAAAGGCACUAAGGAAAAAUUUUAAAAUAAAGGUCUUGGACCUCAUUGAAGUCUUCCUUGCGAAGCAACCCGAGAAUCCACUAAUCUUCGAUAUCAUUGAGCCUUUGAUUGCAAUCAUUGAAGAAAACCUGAGCUCUCAUUCAAAUCAGCAGGAGCAAGACUACCUUCGCAAGGCCGCAGACAUCUUCAAGAAUCAGCUCUGCAAAGCCAAGUCCUACUGCCAAAACAUCUCCGAGAUGAAGGAAGAUUUGCACAUGUUGAUGGAGCGAUUGGUGUCUCGAGCCUCCAAGCAAUCAGAUUCUUCAGUAUCACUUUACUGUUUCAGUGGAGCCCUUUAUCUCCUCAGAGUUCUGAAAGGAAAAGCAAUCAACCCAGCAAUAACUGACAAGACUGAAAAGGGGGGAAAAGCUGAAACUGGGCAGGUUGAUUCAUUCGGAAACAUGGAUAUGAAGAAAGUGACUGAACUUUAUCAGGGGGCCCUGACGCGGUUUAUGACCAGGCGGAAGUGUUCCCUAACCGGAUCCAUGUUCAGUAAUCUCUUCAGUCGUUUCCCGGUCAUGUGUGAACGGCUGUUGCCACUUGCCAUUGUGUCCAUAACUGAUGGAAUCCGAGAACACCAGCGGGGUCAGGCCUGCUGUCUCGUCCUGCAGGCUCUCCAAUCCCAGGAUGUGAGGCAAUCUUUCCCAGGCGACAAGUGGAACGAGCUCAUCACUGAAGUUAAUAGUCAAGUCACACAGUGUUUGAAGACUGUAACUGCUGUCAAACUAAAGGUGGAACAGGAGGAAGUUAGAAAAUGCUUGGUGCUGGUUCAGUUCCUUAUCAAGACUGUGACUCAACAGAAGCUUGAUAUCUCGUUAGCCGAGCUGACUUCUGUCCUGCAAUCGCUGGAGGAGCUGGAAGAUAUCUGCAAGAUCUCUGAUUUAUAUUGGCACGUAAUGAAGCUACUUGGAUUCAAAAAACCGCAGAAGGUGAAGGUCAAAGCGCAGUUGCCAAAUCCCGCAGAAGCACCGGGAACUCUUAAGAAAAAGAAGGGGUUUCUCCCUGAAACCAAGAAGCGGAAGAACUGGAAGAAAAAGAAAAUCCCAACCCUGGAGAAUGAGCAGAUUAAGAAAGAAAAUCCUGAUGGAAAAUCUGAUGAAGCUCCAAAGGCCACAAGUGACAGAACGGACAAAAAGAAAAAGAAGAGGUUUAGGAAAUGGAAGAAGACUCCAAAGGAAAAUGCAGCAGGUAACACGGAGAAAACCCAGGAACCCCCAGCUAAAAAGUCCAAAAAUAAAUCUGAUGGAGGCAAGUCCAAUCAACUAGGUUGAUUGAACAAUUGAAGGUGAAGUGUACACAUGAAAGAAUACCCAGAGACAGAGCAGCAGAGUAAUUGUUGAAAACUAGAUAAAUGAAGAGUGAGGAAAGUUUGAUUCCAGACUUUCUAUGGAUCUUGAGACCUGGACGACAGGCAUGAGAACUCGGCGACUGAGGAUAGGUUUCUAAUGAUCCUCAAUUUGAAUAUUGCAUACCAAGGACUUGUAACGGACAGUCAGCAUGCACAUGAAAUAUUUUUAUUAAACAUUGAACCCCAUGGUCCAAAAAUGUGAUAUAAUAUUUGCAGUGCUGCAGGUUUCUGCACCAUUUUUCCGCUGAUGUUUAAAAUAUUCCUUUUUAUAAUUCUAUGCUGUGCCUUAGCUGGUCUUGUUCCACCUUUAAUUAUCAUUUCAGACACAGUGUGUGUCUCAACCAGGUAGGUAGGAGAGCUGGCUGUGGUUAUCACUCCUCUUCCCCCCCCCCUCCAAAAAAAUGCUUUGUUCAUAUUGGACUUUAAAAAAUAAAAGCAGUGGUCAUUA